AUGGAAGCUACCGCCCUAAGCUCCGCGGCAACCAUCGUCUCAUCCUCGUCUUCACCUCUCUCCUUCUUCUCUCCGAAGAAGAGAACAGAUUCAUCUUCUCCGAGAAUCGUCCGUCUUUCCAAAAAGGAUGGCAAAGAUUACGAUCCGCUAUCCGAUUCGAACUCAUCUAGCCUCGUUCCUCUAUUCCAAAAUCGAACUCUCUCCAAUGAUGAGGCCAUGGGAUUGGUAUUGAGCGCAGCCUCGGUCAGAGGCUGGACCACCGGUUCCGGUAUGGAAGGACCGUCUCUUCCGGUCAAGACCGAUUCGGAGACGGUUUCGACAUUUCCGUGGUCGCUAUUCACGAAAUCGCCUCGUAGGCGUAUGCGUGUUGCUUUCACUUGCAACGUCUGUGGCCAGAGAACCACAAGAGCCAUAAAUCCCCAUGCUUACACUGAUGGCACCGUCUUCGUCCAGUGUUGUGGAUGCAAUGUGUUUCAUAAGCUGGUGGAUAAUCUCAACUUGUUUCAUGAGGUUAAGUAUUAUGUGAGCUCUUCAAGCUUCAAUUACAGAGAUGCUAAGUGGGAUGUUGGAGGCUUCAAUCUUUUCGAUAUCCAUGAAGAUGAAGCUGCUGCUGAUGAUACCGGUGACGAUGACAGAGGCAGAGACCUCUUCCCUUUGUAA